AUGCCCAGCUCAUGCAGAGAACAAAUCUGGCUUUCCCCUGCUUUUUCUUCUCUUAAUGCCCUUAAUGAAUGGGAUGUUGGCUACCUGCAUUGGCCUUCCCCGCCGGGGAGGCGGGCGGCCGGGCGCAGCUCCGGGCUACAGCAGCAGCUCCCGCGGCUGCGGCCGCGGUGGAUCGGGUUGCGAUGCGGCGUGGAGACAGACAAGCAGGGCUGCGUGACCGCGUGGUGGUACACGGUCGCACAGAACCUGAGAUCUUUCCCAUUCCCCUGUUCAACACUCAGAAGAAAAACUUCCACUCUGGGUACCAGCUUUAUAAGUAAAUCAUUAAAAGAACAUAUUUUCCCUCCUCUGAUGAACAUGCUUUUCAACCUUUUCAGAGCACCAUUUCUUGUGGAUUUAAAGAAACCAGAGUUAAAGAUUCCUCAUACAGUGAACUUCUACAUCAAAGUUGAACCUAGGGUGAUUCUGGGUAUCUGGCACACAGUUCCUAGCUGCCGGGGGGAGGAUGCUAAGGGGAGGGGCCUUAGCUGGUAUGAAGCAGCUCUCCAUGAUGGCAACCCAAUUAUUGUUUACCUUCAUGGCAGUGCAGAACACAGGACAGCUCCUCAUAGACUUGAGAUAGUAAAGGUGCUGAGUGAUGGUGGUUUUCAUGUCUCGUCUGUUGACUAUAGAGGGUUUGGGGACUCGACGGGUAAGCUGAUGGAGGGGGGGCUGACUUCAGAUACUAUUUGUGUCUACAAGUGGACCAAGGCAAGAAGUGGUAACACCCCGGUGUGUCUCUGGGGCCACUCUCUGGGAACAGGAGUUACAACAAAUGCCGCAAAAGUUCUAGAAGGGGAAGGAUUCCCAGUUGAUACUAUUAUCCUGGAAGCUCCAUUUACCAACAUAUGGGUUGCAAGUAUCAAUUAUCCCUUGUUAAAGAUUUACCGGAAACUUCCAGGAUUUUUAAGCACAGUUAUGGCUGCCCUGAGGAAAGAGGAACUAGUCUCCCUCAAAGAUGAAAAUGUUAAAUUCCUGUCUUCUCCCCUUCUUAUCAUACACGGUGAGAAUGACGAAACAGUGUCUUUGGAAUUUGGAAAAAAGCUCUAUGAAAUUUCACACAAUGCAUAUAGGAACAAAGAGAGGGUGAAGAUGGUAAUCUUUCCUCCUGGCUUCCAACACAACUUCCUUUGUAAAAGCUCCACACUGUUAAAAACCAUGAGAGAUUUCCUGAGCCAGCAGUGGGCAUGAGGUAUGAGUACAGCGGAGAGCAAAGACUUGCUCCAAACCCCACUUGUGAUGUAUAUUUCUUAUGUAAAACUGUACUGGGCUGCUUGGGUGAGCUGAAGUUACUGACAUUUCUACAAGACACUUG